CACAGGCAGAAGCGCCAGCACAGGUAGAAAAGUCAGCACGGGCAUCCGGCUCCCUUGAUGCCGCGAGAUGUGCAGAAACCCCAGUUCCCACAACCCGCCGCCGGUCGUGGCCGGCCCCGAGUCCAGCGGCAGUCGAGUGUUUCGUCGAUCGAGGCCAAGACCUUUGCCCGACUCUGUCGCUGGAGAUGGGAUGUAUUCCGGUGAACCGCAAGGCUCUCAGCGAUGGCUCCUUGGAUCCCACCAUUCGGACAGCAUCGGAAUGCUCCCUCGCAUCAUCGCAUCGGAUGUCAACCGACCGAAUGGGUCGCCCGUGCACGGAGAGUAUGAUGGACCAGCAUCAGCAUCAUCGACGAGACGUGCUCGGCCGAGUCAGCGCAACGCAAAAGUUUCGACAGCUGCAGUCGCUCGAAUAUUCAUCGUCAAUGACCUGCUCGGGGCAGCACCCCUCCGAGAUUGGCACUGGACCGACAGCCGGCGAUUAUUCCGACCUUCGCAUCCGUGUCCACGAGCUGCAACUCCAGAUCGACAGCGUCAAGCGAGAGAUUGCCGCUCGGUCCAGCAACGUUCCGCAGGACGAUACAUCCAGCGCCGAGGAGGGGCAAUGCGCCGGCCUCUUUCACAAGAUGGCCGAGUUCUUCCAAAGGAUCCGGCGGCGACCCGGCGCUGGCAGUGCAGGCCACAAAAGUCGAUUGGGCCAUUGACUGGGUUGAUUGUUCAGACACUGACUGCACAGACAGCCGAUGGCAUUGCUCAAAUGUUCGUCGAGACAGGUUGCUCGUGGUGGCAUUUUCGUGGGGCCAAAUGGGGCCAAAUACACAGUUGCAUCAAAUGGAGGGCGGCCAACAUGAGUCCAUCAAAAUGCUCCAUAUCCAGCCGAGUCUGAGACGGAGAGCUCACACUCCAUCGUCGCUGCUGUCCCGAGCAAGCACUGGACUCUGAACAAAUGGCGGUGUCCCUUGGUCGUGCUGGGUGAAGGCGG